GUGAAAAACACAACCCCUCCGAGAGUUGAUCGAGACUUCCCGAGAAAAAAUCAUGUGACCCGAAUGGCGACUGACAGAUUAAACAGAUAGAUUCACAUCAGACAUCUUCACCAUGACAAAUGCCCUGGGUAUAGACAAGAUCCAGGACUCCCUGGGGUACCUUGUACUUACUGAUGAUGGUGCAGUGCUCAGUUCUGGAGGAGAAUUACAGAAUGCUGAGUCUAUCGCAGAGAAGAUGACCAAACUUGUAUACACAGCAGCAAAACUACAAGUGUCAUCGGAUAAAAGGGAGGUCUUCAAACGAAUUUCAGUGAUUUGGGACAGUUUCAUGUACGUAGUGACAGUGGCCAACCACCGGAUCUACGUGUGUAAGAGACCAUACAUACCACAAGAACCUGUAGUUACAUAGUGACCCAGAAACUGUAUAUAGUCACACGGUAACACAGGAACCUGUAGUCACAUAGUGACCUAAAAGAUAUAUAUAGUCACAUUUUAAUACAGGAACUCGUCACUAAGUGACACAGGAACCUGUAGUCACAGUGACAAUAUAGACACAGGAACCUGUAGUCGCCUAGUGACAAUAUAGACACAGGAACUUGUAGUCACCUAGUGACAAUAUAGACACAGGAACUUGUAGUCACAAUCCUUGUAGUGCCAUAUGGACCUAUAGUCACUGCACCAAGCCUGGAAGUAGUGUCACACAAGGGAACUUUCUAGAAAAACAACCAACUUCCAUCAAGUAAGACUAAUGGAUAUUAACUACAUUUCUGUCUGAUUUGGAGAAGAUCAUGCGUGUAAAAUUACUGAAAAUGAUGUGAUCCGUGAUUCAAAACUACAUCUGCAAGUCGAGUUUUGAAUAUUACCUAUGAUAAUUUUGAUUCCCUGUUUUCAUGACAUGCUUUACUUUUAAUUAUGAUGGCAAGUUUCUGCGAAGCCUCUUCUCUUAGGUAUGAAGGCGUUACCAACAAAAUGAAAUAAAAACAAUUUCUGUGUGUCUUUGUGUGGUUGAGAAAAUGCAAUGAGAAACUAGUUUGUACCUUAAGAAAGGAAGGAAGAUUGCUUUGUAAAAAAGAAUGCAACAUUUAUUAUAAAGAAAGGAUUUGUGAAGAAUGAAAGAAGUGAAAUACAUGUUGAACUGUAGUUGUUCUUCAAUAUUAAAAUGAGAUUAAUUGAAAA